ACUAAAAACACUAGUUAACCUAUCUUUGGAUGGACAUCCAUCUAUCGGUCUGUUGUCAGAUGCUUGACUUUCAAAAUAUAAAACUCAGCAGUAGUCAUCAGCUGCAGUUGAAGUGAAACACUUAUAAGUGAAAAAGCGAAAGCGGUGAAUCAAAUAUUUUCCCAUUAAUAAGCAAUAAGCGGAAAGUUCAUAGCAGUUAAUGGUGCAUAUGCUGUGGGGAAAUUCAUGUGAUACAAGUUGAAAAAACUUUUUAAAAACACAAAAAGUAUAUAAUUAUUUGACGAGCCUUUUUCAAAAAGUGAAACAUUUAUAACCUAAAAAUUGCUCAUUUCCAAGAAUGGCAGAACCAACAACUACAACACAACCUGAGAGAGGAUGGCCAAAUUUAAAACAACAUGUGGUUGAACACAAAAUUGAAGUUGGAUUAUGGGCAUUGAGACUACUUGCUAUACUUUUCACAAUAGCGUAUUUCAUUCCUAUAUUUGGAAAUCCGUACAAUGUAUAUUAUAAGGCGUUAAUUAGUAAUUCAGCAAUCAAUGCAUUGAGACUGCAUCAACGAAUGCCACCUAUUCAAUUUUCAGCGGCAUUUUUUGCAGAGCUGUGUUUAGAAGAUUCAUUCCAUUAUUUAUUCUAUGCGUCAAUAUUCCUCUACGCUUCACCAAUAGCGUUGGUUCUCAUUCCCAUAUUUUUAUUCGCUUUACUUCACUUCUCGAGUUACUCUCUCACACUGCUCGACUGUAUAGGUCAAAAUCGCAUGUGGGCAGCGCGAUUGAUGAUCUCCCUGGUGGAAUUUCAAUCAGGCAACAUUUUACGAUUCAUUGCACUGACUGAAGUUAUUUUAAUGCCAAUCACAAUCUUUUUAGUCUUCUCAGGACGUGCCGGAUUAUUAACGCCAUUCAUCUACUAUCACUUUUUGAGAUUACGUCUCAAUUCGAGACGAAAUCCCUACACACGCAACGUUUUUUACGAAAUUAAGAAUUCAAUUAGUAUUCUUGCUGCAAAACCAUCAGUACCUCCAAUUAUCAAGCGUAUUUUAAGUUAUUUCUUGCAUUUCCUUCAAAUGAUGGAACCCGUGCGUCAACAACAACAAUAAUGCGACAAAAAGAGAAAAGAGAAGAGAAUUUUUGUAAAUUCAUUUUUUGAGGAACGAUUAUUAAAAAAUCUCAAAUACAAUUUUAAAAGUGUUCCUUGAUCGUGUUUUUAGGUAUAUUAUAUAUAUAUAAAUAAUUAUUAUAAUGUCUGUGAGAAAUGUCAAGGAUUUUUAUACGUGAUGUCUUAAACUUAAGCCACAAAAAAAAUUGUUAUAGACAUUUCACGUGAUGUGAUACUUGCACGUUUCAAUUAACAAGACACUGAUAUAAAUCAAUGCUGUUUGCAUUAAGCUACCAAUAUUUUUAUUCUCUUAUUUUUUCAACAAUUAAUUUUUUUUUAAAAUAAUUUUAUGUUCUUAAAUCGAACGUUCGAAUGAGUGGAUUUUUAUUACAAAAGUUUAUUUUAUUUGAAUUUUAUUACAUUCUUUUUGCAAUAUUCUUUUUAAAAAAAUUAAUUCUCAACUAAGAAAAUGUUUAAUUUACAUUAUUUUUUAUUUCAAUUUCAUAAUUAAUAAAUUAAAAAAUAUUUCCUUCAUUUGAGCGUUCAAUAAUUUAGAGAAAUAUUUUGUGAAUACGUUAGUAAAGUUCCCAAUGUUUAAGAAUCUACGAUUUGAAAGAAAAAGUAUUUUUCUACUCACCUUUUUAUUCAAAAAUUUUUUUUACGUUUUUUAAUCAACAAAUUAAAUAAAGAAAAAUUUGUAAAUCAAAAAUAUUAUUUUCUGGGUAAAAAGUAUUUUUCUUCCAAUUGUUUAUUAUAAACGUUGUGAACUUCUCCCACGUUGAAUAAUAGCCUUGAUUAGAUAGAAAUUUCAAGAGAAGAAAGAAAUUUUUUCACUAAAAAAAGAUAAAAAUUGUCAAAAGUAUUUUGUUGGAAAAUUUUAUCUUUUUUCGCUUGUUAUUAAAUUAAUUAAAAUCAUUCAUUUAAGAGGGGAAAUGCAGAUUUUUAUUUUCUAACCCGCAUAUUAACAUUCACUCUUCAAAAUAAUAAUUUUUUCUAUUUAUACGAAGAGUAAAUAUUAAUAAAAAUAUUUUAUUUUUUCCUCUAAAUUACAUUUUGUUAAUAAUUAUUUUACUAUUUGAAAGCGUUUAAGUAAACGUGAUUUAUUAAAAGCUAAUUAUUGCGCUAGAUUUAAAAAAAAAUUGUUUAAAUUAAAAUCAUAAAAAUAAAAAAAAAUAAUGUCUGUCCAACUGAUCUUUCCUACUGUUGCUAAUUGUAAUAAAUAAACAUUAGAGCAGACAGUUUGGUAUUCUUUUUUCAAGGAGCAAUUAAUAUUGGAUAGCUUUUGUAAACUAGUAUAUUUAGUAAUAAUGAAUUCAUUGUUAUUGACGAAAGUGUGUGAAAGAAUUUUGCAUAAUAUUUUUUUGUUCAAGAAAUUCAAACAUUA